AUUCCAUCCACUGUGCACGAUGCCAAGAAAUUCAUAAGAAAACUAGGCCUCGCAUACAAGAAGAUAGAUGCAUGUCCAAAUGACUGCAUGCUAUACCAGGGCAACGACCAAGAGCUGACCAAAUGCAAGCAGUGUAGGAGAUCGAGAUGGAAGCAUAAGACUAAGAAGAACUCUAGGGUGAGGAUCAAGAUGGUUGUUAAGAAGAAUGGCAAACCACAGGCGGUGAAGAUUCUUCGUUACUUCCCCCUUAUUCCACGAUUGCAAAGGUUAUAUAUGUCUAGUAAGACAACCGUUGACAUGUUGUGGCAUAAGAGAGGUCCUAACUCUGAUGGUAUGUAUAGGCAUCCAAUGGGACGCCGAGGCAUGGAAGUCAUUUGACAUACGAUAUACUGACUUCUCUCGUGAUCCGCGCAGUGUUUGCCUAGCAUUAGCUAGCGAUGGCUUUAACCCUUUUGGGAACAUGAGCUCGAAGUACUCAAUUUGGCCCGUGGUUCUUAUCCCGUAUAACAUGCCGCCUUGGAUUUGCAUGAAACCCACUUCAUUUAUCCUCCCUAUGAUUAUUGCUGGUCCUAAAAUGCCUGGAAAUGACAUAGAUGUGUACCUAGAGCCGUUGAUCACCGAGUUGAAGCAAUUAUGGCAGGGUGUUGAAACUUAUGAUGCAGUCGAGAAAAAAAACCUUCAAGAUGUUUGCUGCGUUGAUGUGGACAAUCAGUGAUUUUCCAGGCCUGGGCAACUUAUCUGGGUGGAACACGUACGGUGGGAGAGCCUGUCCUGCGUGCAAUUUGGAUGCUGAAACUAACUGGCUCACACACAGCCAGAAAUGGUGUUUCAUGGGUCAUCGUCGCUUUCUGAAUCAUGACCACAAAUACAGAAAAAACCGGUACUCCUUUGAUGGAAAGAUAGAGGAUAGAGGUCCACCUAUCAAAGUCUCUGGUGGAGACAUUAUCCGGCAGUUAGAGGGUGUGCAUGUCCAACUUGGCAAGGUGCAAUCGGUUACGGGGAAAAGGACACGUGGACAGCAAACUGCCGUGCAAGACGAGACUCCUUGGAAGAAGAGGAGUAUAUUCUUUGAGCUGCCAUAUUAGGAGAACAAUGGAUUGCGUCACAACCUUGAUGUCAUGCACAUAGAGAAGAAUGUGUGCGACAACAUAGUUUUCACCAUAAUGAACGAGAAAGGUAAGUCUAAAGACUACAUUAAAGCUCGAAGAGACCUCCAAUCGAUGGGAAUCAAGCAUGAUUUGUGGCCAUGGGAAGACAAAAAGUACCCAUCCGCCAUCUUUACUAUGACCAAUCCACAGAAGGAGCUCUUUCUAAGGACUAUCAAGAACGUCGUCUUUCCAGAUGGAUACUCUAGCAACAUUUUCCGCUGUGUGGACUUACGACAGUGCAAGUUGUCGGGCAUGAAAAGCCACGACUGUCACAUUCUAAUGGAAUAUCUACUUCCAAUCGCGUUAAGGAAUGCAUUGCCUGCCCCAAUGUCUUCUGUCCUGGCGGAUUUGUCAUCCUUUUUUUGCCGAUUAUGCAGUAAAUUCAUAGACCCUCAACAACUUCCUCUCCUUCAGGAUCACGUGGUUCAUACUCUGUGUCGCAUGGAGAUGAUUUUCCCUCCUUAUUUCUUCACAGUGAUGGUUCACUUGACAGUGCAUCUGGUCGAGGAGGUGCAUCUCGGUGGCCCAGUGCAUUAUCGGUGGAUGUACCCAAUUGAACGGUACCUAUGCCGUCUCAAGCAGUACGUGCGUAACAGAUCACAACCAGAGGGCUCAAUUGCAGAGGGAUACUUAUCUGAGGAGAUUCUCAUAUUCUGUUCAAGGUACUUAGAUAAUGUCGAGAGUAGGAUUAAUCGACCAUUGCGUGUUGACGAUCGACUGCGUGAACUCAUGCCUGAUGAGAGUGCAACCAUGUUCCUCGAGGUUGGAAAGGCAGUCAGGGCUGCUUCUUUUUACACCCUCACACCAACUGAAAAAUUCCAAGCUCACCGUCACGUAUUGGUCAAUUGCCUGGCUGUGGAAAAGUAUCUUGAUGAGUUUAGGGUGAUCAUAAAAAGAAAGUUACGAAGUAGGACAAGGUCCCAGUCUCACAAAAACAGUGUUGUGCACAGAGAACUUUCCGAUUGGUUCAGGCGUAAGGUUCCAUUGGGAAGCACCAUGCACCCGAACGAAUUGCAGUGGCUUGCAUGUGGGCCCAAUGUUCAAGUUAGCCGCUAUACAUCUUACAACGUAAAUGGAUUUAAAUUCAGAACCCUCUCGAGAGAGGAAGGGUUGAAAACCCAAAAUAGUGGGGUGUAUGUCACUUCUGACACUAGGAGUUAUGCAAGCAAGCGCGACAGUAAUGUUGCUGUUGGUGGCGUCUCAGGCAUAAAACAAGACUCUAUGGGGCACACAGUGGUUAACUUCUCUCAUCCAAUUCAUACCGGUGAUCAGGAAGAUGACGAACCGUACAUUCUUGCAUCCGAGGCUCACCUUGUAUACUAUGUGGAGGAUGAUGCUGAUAAAGAAUGGAGUGUGGUAAUCCAUGUGAACCCAAGGGACAUGUUUGAAAUGGGUGAAGACAUAGGAUAG